GAUUCUACUGCAAUGGCGGAGCAGCAGCAGUUCUACCUCUUACUGGGCAACCUGAUGAGCCCUGACAACACUGUCAGGAAGCAGUCAGAGGAGACUUAUGACACCAUCCCCGGUCAGACGAAGGUCACAUUCUUGCUGCAGGCUGUUCGAGAUGCGUCCGCCGCCGAGGAGAUUAAACAGAUGGCGGCAGUGCUGCUGCGACGACUGCUGUCCUCCUCCUUCGAGGAGAUCUACCCCAGCCUGACAGUGGAGAUGCAGACGGCGCUCAGGUCUGAGCUUUUAGCGGGCAUUCAGUCAGAAACCUCCCCAAACAUCCGCAAGAAGGUCUGCGACAUCGCCGCCGAGCUAUGCCGUAAUCUCAUCGAUGAUGAUGGAAACAACCAGUGGCCAGAAGUCCUGAAGUUCCUCUUUGAUUCAGUCAACUCUCAGAGUGUAGGCCUCAGGGAAGCGGCCCUGCACAUUUUCUGGAACUUUCCAGGUAUCUUUGGCAAUCAGCAGCAGCAUUACAUGGAGGUGAUAAAGCGUAUGUUGGUCCAGUGCAUGCAGGAUCAAGAGAACCCACAGAUCCGUACCAUGGCAGCCCGUGCAGCCUCCUCUUUUGUUCUGUCCAAUGAGAGCAACACAGCCCUGCUGAAACACUUCUCAGAUCUCCUCCCAGGCAUCCUGCAGGCCGUGAACGAGUCAUGUUACCAGGGCGAUGACUCAGUGCUGAAGUCUCUGGUGGAGAUUGCAGACACAGCCCCCAAAUAUUUGCGUCCCAACCUGGAGGCCACUCUGCAGCUCAGCCUUAAGCUGUGUGCAGACACAAACCUGACCAACAUGCAGAGGCAGCUAGCUCUGGAGGUCAUCGUUACCUUAUCCGAGACCGCCGCUGCCAUGUUGAGGAAACACACUCCCCUCGUGGCUCAGAGCAUCCCCCAGAUGUUGGCCAUGAUGGUGGAUCUUGAGGAGGAUGAGGAGUGGGCCAUGGCUGAUGAGUUGGAGGAUGAUGACUUUGACAGUAAUGCUGUGGCAGGCGAGAGUGCUCUGGACAGAAUUGCUUGUGGGCUUGGAGGGAAGAUUGUUCUGCCUAUGAUCAAACAGCACAUCAUGCAGAUGCUGCAGAACUCUGACUGGAAGUACAGGCAUGCUGGACUCAUGGCCCUCUCUGCCAUUGGUGAGGGCUGCCACCAGCAGAUGGAGGCCAUUCUGAACGAGAUUGUGAACUUUGUUCUCCUGUUUUGUCAGGAUCCGCAUCCCAGAGUCCGCUACGCUGCCUGCAACGCUAUUGGUCAGAUGGCCACAGAUUUUGCACCGACCUUCCAGAAGAAAUUCCACGAUAAGGUGAUCUCUGCCCUUCUACAGACCAUGGAGGACCAGAGCAACCCCAGGGUCCAGGCUCACGCUGCAGCCGCGCUCAUCAACUUCACAGAGGACUGCCCCAAAUCCCUGCUCAUCCCCUACCUGGACAGUCUGGUCCAGCACCUCCAUGUCAUCAUGGUCGCCAAACUGCAGGAGCUCAUUCAGAAGGGCACCAAGCUGGUGCUGGAGCAGGUGGUAACCUCCAUCGCCUCCGUGGCUGACACGGCGGAGGAGAAGUUUGUGCCAUAUUACGAUCUCUUCAUGCCCUCACUGAAACACAUCGUGGAGAACGCCGUGCAGAAGGAGCUACGCCUCCUCAGGGGAAAGACCAUCGAGUGCAUCAGCCUGAUUGGCUUGGCUGUGGGGAAAGAGAAGUUCAUGCCCGACGCUUCAGCUGUAAUGCAGCUGCUUCUGAAGACCCAGACAGACUUCAAUGACCUGGAGGAUGACGACCCACAGAUCUCCUACAUGAUCUCAGCGUGGGCCAGGAUGUGUAAGAUUUUGGGUAAAGAGUUCCAGCAGUACCUGCCUGUGGUUAUGGGUCCUCUCAUGAAGACUGCCUCCAUCAAGCCUGAAGUUGCACUCUUAGACACUCAGGACAUGGAGAACAUGUCUGAGGAUGACGGUUGGGAGUUUGUUAAUCUGGGAGAUCAGCAGAGUUUUGGCAUCAAGACGGCUGGCCUGGAGGAGAAAGCCACCGCCUGUCAGAUGCUGGUUUGCUAUGCUAAGGAGCUGAAGGAAGGGUUUGUGGAGUACACAGAGCAAGUGGUUAAACUGAUGGUUCCACUGCUGAAAUUUUACUUCCAUGAUGGCGUGCGAGUGGCUGCAGCUGAGUCCAUGCCGCUGCUGCUGGAGUGUGCCCGGGUACGAGGGCCUGAGUACCUCACUCAGAUGUGGCAUUUCAUGUGUGAUGCUCUCAUCAAGGCUAUUGGCACCGAACCCGACUCGGACGUGCUCUCUGAGAUCAUGCACUCAUUUGCCAAGUGCAUUGAGUUAAUGGGAGAUGGCUGCCUGAACAAUGAACACUUUGAGGAGUUGGGAGGCAUUCUGAAGGGCAAACUGGAGGAGCACUUUAAAAACCAGGAGCUGAGACAAGCCAAAAGACAAGACGAAGAUUAUGAUGAACAAGUGGAAGAAACAUUACAAGAUGAGGAUGAGAACGACGUGUAUAUUCUCACUAAAGUGUCGGAUAUUUUGCACGCUGUCUUCAGCAGUUACAAAGAGAAAGUUCUGCCAUGGUUCGAGCAGCUUCUACAGCUUAUAGUUGAUCUUAUUUGUCCACACAGGCCGUGGGCAGACAGACAGUGGGGUCUGUGUAUUUUUGAUGACGUGAUUGAACACUGCAGCCCUUCUUCCUUCAAAUACGCUGAAUACUUCCUGCGGCCCAUGAUGCAGUCCCUGUGUGAUUCCAGCCCUGAGGUGCGGCAGGCAGCUGCCUAUGGCAUUGGGGUUAUGGCCCAGUUUGGAGGGGAAAACUACAGACCCUUCUGCACAGAGGCUAUUCCUCUCCUGGUUGGUGUGAUCCAGGCUGCAGACUCCAGGUCCAAGGAGAAUGUCAAUGCCACAGAGAACUGCAUCUCUGCUGUAGGAAAAGUAAUGAGGUACCGCCCAGAGUGUGUCAAUGUCAACGAGAUCCUGCCUCACUGGCUCUCUUGGCUGCCACUCAAUGAGGACAAAGAAGAGGCGGUCCACACCUUCAAUUUCCUGUGCGAUCUUAUCGAAAGCAACAAUCCAAUUGUUCUGGGCCCUGACAACUCGAAUCUACCCAAGAUAUUCCUCAUCAUUGCUGACGGGGUCGCCAACGAAUCGGUCAAGGGUGAAGACGGCUGCAGUAAGAGAUUGGCCAACGUUAUCCGUCAAGUGCAGGUUUCUGGAGGACUAUGGACACAGUGCGUAUCGACACUCAAUGAGACGCAGCAGAAGGCCAUCCAGGACCUCCUCAACACAGCCUGAUUUGGAAGAGAGGGAGAAAGAGCUUUAUCCCUCCAAACCAGCCCACGUUAUGAGAAACCAAUCAAGCACCUGGAGAUCUUCAGACACUCUGGCCCUUCCUUUUUUUGAGCGAUGAACUGUUUGUAUGUGUGUGCGUGUGUGCCAGGACGGACCACUUUGCAUCUUGGUCCCAAUAUCUUUCACCGCCUGUUCUCCACUCUCCCAGUUGUAGGGCUUAGGUGCGUGCGUGUGUGUAUGUAUGUCUGCGUGUGUCCCGCCGCCCAAAGGGCCAGCUCAAAACCCUACGAGGAAAAGACUAUUUUUUUUUCCCUCCCGUUUUUCCCAUUCUGAAAGGAGUGUUGAUCUAUCCAUCUGAGCGAUAAGAGGGAACCAAACUAACAGUCAUCCAUCUUAGUUAUUGAGAAUUUCGGUGUAGGAAUUGUACUUCUCUCCAAGAUCAGUUACUCAUGUAGUCGUCUUAUGUCACAACUUAACGUGUCUGUUGAACCUAGUGCAAGCUGAAUUAUAGAGGAUUUCUGAUUGGCGGCAAGGCCGGCCUUCCUUCAAGCUGAGGCAGACUGGAUCGACUUGGACUGAAAUGGACUUGAAUGAUGAGUUUUGGGUGGAAGUCGUAUGUUGGGCAACUGUCAGCUCCUGCGACAUCUGGAUAUUUUUGUGUAGGCUUUUUUUUUUUUGUUUUUUUCCUUCUUCCUUUUUAAUAUGGAUCCCAGUGACCUGCAGUGACUGGGAUAAGAGAGGCAUCUGUUUGCGCUGACUCACGUUUGCGCCGUAAAAUCUGUGUGAAAGCUAACAGUGUGUCUGUCAUUGGCUCACUUACUCCAUGAAAUAAAAUACAAUGGGG